GAAAAGUCAUCCAUCUACACCCUGACCUCAGCCCCUAAGCCCCAGCCAGCACUUUCUCCGCCGAGUCACGCCUGUCCCACUCCCUCUGCCUUGCAUCCCUUGCGGGCUACACUUGGGAACCACCUUCUCUGGCGUUGCCGAUGGAGCUGUACGGAAAGAUGGCAUCUGCUCAAGAUUCCAGAUAUGGCCAGAAAGACACGUCUGACCAGAACUUUGAUUACAUGUUCAAAUUGCUCAUCAUUGGUAAUAGCAGUGUUGGGAAAACCUCCUUUUUGUUCCGUUAUGCUGACGAUUCCUUUACAUCUGCAUUCGUAAGCACAGUCGGGAUCGAUUUCAAAGUCAAAACGGUUUUCAAAAAUGAAAAGAGGAUUAAACUACAGAUUUGGGACACGGCAGGUCAGGAGAGAUAUAGGACAAUUACCACAGCCUAUUACCGGGGUGCAAUGGGAUUCAUUUUAAUGUAUGACAUCACGAAUGAAGAAUCCUUCAAUGCUGUGCAAGACUGGUCAACUCAAAUCAAAACAUAUUCGUGGGAUAAUGCCCAGGUUAUUUUGGUCGGUAAUAAAUGCGACAUGGAGGACGAGCGGGUAAUCUCCACUGAGAGAGGCAAACAUUUAGCAGAGCAACUUGGUUUUGAAUUUUUUGAAACAAGUGCCAAGGACAACAUAAAUGUCAAGCAGACAUUCGAGCGGCUCGUAGAUAUCAUCUGCGACAAAAUGUCAGAAAGUCUGGAGACAGAUCCUGCCAUCGCUGCUGGAAAACAGAACACAAGGCUAAAGGACACCCCUCCUCCACAGCAACCCAACUGUGGCUGUUAAUACAGUUAUCAACAGAGGCGGCUCCAGUGUGUUCUAUUGCCAACAGAGUAUUUACAGAUGGUCUAUAAGCCUUUAUUUAUACUGUCUUUUUAAUUUAUUUGGGGACAAUGUGUUUAUUUUAUGUCAAUGGCUGGUACAAUGUGUGCAAUUUGUAAGGACUGCCCAUUUCUCAGCAUCUGGCCUUUGCAUGUGGAUGGCUAAUUGUCUGUCUUUUCUUUUUAUCCUGAGUGCAUUACACUUACUUCAGCUGGUUCUGUGACCUCAGAACACAGGUCAUCUACAACUGACUUUAACUUAAUCAAUUUCAAAUUAUACCAUUUACUUCUUGGUGUAAUGAUCAAGGUAUUUAGGCAUAAACUUUCUGAUGCCAUUUAAAUUUUCCUUGACUGAAAAAUCUAUUUUAAAAUAUUACCCGAAUAUACUAUUCCCUGCCUUGUCCAGAUAAUUUGUCUGAGGCACACUUCCCUGAAGGUAAUGCUGUGGCAAAUCCAUGUCCACCACUGAAAUUCACAGUUACCUCUACACCACACAUCAUGGCCACUUCGAAAUUCAGAAUGGCAGCAGCGGCCUAACCGAAAACACAGGCUCCUACCCCUCAAUAUAAGGAAAAAUUCUGUUAGCUGCUGGCAGGACAGGGGCUGGCUGUGUUCUAGUUCCAUCCACAAGCUAAUUCACUACAAUACUAAUAUAGAAGAGAGUUGUGAAAUGUCGUUCUUCUUUAAGUUACCUGCUUUAGAUAAUGAAUAUGCUACAGUUCUUGAUAUUACCCCAGCAGAGCCAAAUCUGUUCUGUAUAGUUAUUCAUAACCAAAAAUAACCUACUUAUAUUGUUCUGGAGGUUGCAUUAUUUUGGCCUUUAGGAAUUUCAUGUUUCAUUCUUGAAAAUGGUGACUAUAUAUUAAUUUUAUAGUCUGAGAGAAUCUCCUCUGUAUUGACUGCAAAGGCCCAUUUCUCUCCUCAGAAGUGCCACUCCUAUUGAAGUCAGCAGGACUUGUUUGUGUGGGACAGAAAUGGAGCCAUUAAAUUUGAAAAAUAGUUUGGUCUAGACAUAUCUUGCUGAGGGUUUUCUUGUGACAGGACAGUCUGAAAUUUGCAACGUUUUUGGAAAAUUCAGAGAGAAAUAAAAAGUCCUCCACUGAGUUCUUCCACUAGACCAUGUCAAUCACUUCGAAAAUCCACGAAAGGCAGUGAAGAUAGCAGAAUGUCCACAAUUUUUUUUUAAAGCAUUUUAAAAAAUAGUCAUUUCUCACCAUGUUAAUAAGCUCUCGCUCUACUAAUUGGUAGCACUUUGCACCGUUGGCUUAUCUGGGUCACAGUGAUAUUCCUCAAUUAAUGACAUCACUGAUGCAACAUUAACUUUUUAUUGUUCUUAUUAGAUCAGCUUUAGUACCAGGAUGACAUUUCUCAAGCUAGACAUAACAGAAAAAAGGGAAGAAAAACAAGAAAAUGAGUUAGAGCAACUGCUAAUGCAUUCAUUACCUGACAGUAAGGCAAUACCUAUACCUUUUUCCUAAGGUAAUUUAUAUAAUCUCAUCAAACACACUAAGGCCAUGUCUACACUACGAAAAAAGGUGUAGUUAAGACAUUUUAUCUAACAUUGUAACUAUUGUAUGUUAAAAUCCUAGUGCAGACAAGAUUAACACAUUAGUUGGUUGAGGUAAACCCGAGUGUAAACUUGUGUUAAAACUAUAACUUGGCUUGGCUACACUAGGAUCUUAAACAUAUCUGUUAACACUGCUAGCUAGCACCUACUCUGAAACCUAGCACCUACACUGUUUUUCUUAGUGAAAAAUGAGCCACAUCAUUUGGUACCAUGGAAAAACCUGAGGAAAGGGAAAUGUUGGCUAUUCACUGCCCUACAUUUAUCCCUGUUGUGUACAGAUUAGUAGGGAAGAGAAAGUGUAAUCAAGCAGAGCCAAUUUGCCUAGCUCUUGGCAUCCACAUGGCAUGCCAGUCACUACUCUUCCUGGCCCUCCCUCCCAGCUUGGUAGCUGUACUCCUCCAGCUGUGGCUAUGCAUUCCAAGGUACUCUGAGGAUAGAAGUAUUUUGGCCAAAGAUUUUUAUUGGUUUUCCAAUAAAAAAUAAAAACAUUUUAAGGAAAGCAGAUGCUUUCCCAGAAAAUUUUGAUGUUAUAGAACUGCCCUCUCUUCCCCCGCUCCCCGCCCCGCCGCUCUUUUUUUUUUUAUUUUUUUACGGAAAAGAGCCUUGAAGGGAAAUAUUCAACCGCUCAACUGAACCAGCCCUGGGAACUUCACUACAUAAUGCCUGGUGCGAUGCCAUCAACAGUGGUCACUCUGGCUGGCACCAUGGUCCUCAGUAGACUAUGCAUGCUUGAUGACGAUGACUUGGUAGAAGGGUAGAGAAUAGAAGCUGUAGAGCAAAAAAUUAAUGCAUAGAUUCCAAAGUCAGAAAGAACCACUGUGAUCAUUUAGUUUGAUUUCCUCUAUAAUACCUGCUAUAGAACUUCCCCAAAGUAAUUCCUAGAGCAUAGCUGCUAGAAAAAACAUCCAAACUGGAGAAGGUGGAGAAGAUAGGAGCAGGGAUCAGUCAGAUCCAUGUGUGAUCAAUGACUUUGUGGGGUGCUCCAGGACUUCAGGAGAGGGUUGUAUAGGUGCAGAGGUCCAGCCACACAAAGCCAAUUCGAGGGUCAUGACUACUAAUAGUCACAAAAAGUAUUUUAAAAACUUUUAAUCAGCAGCAUUGUUAAUCUGGAUACUUGGGGCCAAAUUUUGAAAAACUAGCUGCCUAGUCUCAGUCCAGUUCCUGGUGGCCACAUCAUAAAAUACAGGACCAAUCAUCACUAAUUUGUACCUUUGUUGCUAGUCUCAGCAGAGAAGUAGGGAACUGAAUGGCCCAUGGUAACUCAUUGACCUUCUCACACCCAGAGGUCAGGGCUUAGGCCCAUUUCUGAGGCCGGGCAGUGCAGUGAAAGCUUUCUCUGCCUCUGCCAGUACUAUCUCUUCUAUGGAUACAGAUUGCACAUCAGCCUCCAAGGUUUUCAGUCCAUCACCAGCACUGAAUUUUAAAGAGAAGCUUGCCAUUUAAUGGCUUUAUGUUCACUGUGGCACAGACUAUGUAACUACUCAGUCUGCAUGUACAAUGGAGGGGUGUGUGGAAUUUGAGCUUUGGAGUCUUAUUUCUCAUUGAGGGCUCUGGAGGGGAUUUGUCUGGGUAAAAUACUAUAUUAUUAUUACUGUAAUUUAUUACCUCGAUUUAAUGGCUGUUAGCAGGAGGGGGAAAAAACCCUUCUCCUCUAUCACAGUUUAAUGGGAGAAUAGACCUUGAAGUGGACAAAACCCCCAUUGCCUAGGGUCUGAGCCCCAUGGGGCCAGCUGAACUACUGCACGAAACAACCCUUCCAAAGUGCCAACCAAGAAUAACACUAGUGCUACAGUAAUUGCAUGCAUGGGUAAUACGCCAUCUUUGUCAUGGAGUCACAGUGUCUUUCUCAGUGCAUGGGCAAGCUGUCACUCAGCGUUCCAAAUGGAAACAAGUGGAACAAAUGUAAGAGACUGGGCCCUGCAGUAUUCAAAUGCAUGAACCGAUGGGAUUGAUCAAAAUGGCUUGCAAGCCUUUUUGAGUUGAAACUGCAAUUGCACGGUCUUAAUUCUGACAAAAGUUCAUUUUCAAAUGUGAUAAAUGUGCCUGUCCUUACAGAUCAAUUAACUUGUAACUGUUUGUAUUUCAUUUUGUUUAUUUAGACCGAUUUGUUUGGUGUCUGAAAUACAUAUGAACUGGCCUGUCUUUUUUUCUCUCUCUCUCGCUGUCUCUCUCUCCACACACACACAUAUAUAUAUAUAUAUAAACCCAACUCAUUCUCUUUCUGAAUUGCAAUGUGCGUGACUGUUACCUGGAACUGUUUGUUCCUUUGUGCUUAUACUUAAUGUAAUGCAUAGAGAAACUACCUGAGCAACUAGAUCUAUGUGGCCUUUCCAGAGCAUCAGUCUGAAAGAUUAGGUUUUCUUCCCAGUCUGCUCAGCUCUGUAUGUCCAGCUGUACUGCCUGCACCUUUUUUAUUUUAAGAAUGAAGUGCUAUUUUAUGGUGCAAACACUGCUGGAGUUUGAUCCUAACUUUCAGAAUUGCUUGAGUUUUAAUUGUCUUUUGCUAAGAAAUGCAUGGCAUUCUAAAUGUUAUGUCUAGUGCUGCCAUUGUUUCUUCAAUAGCAGAGAAACCAGUGAUGCUUUCCAUUUAAAAAAAAUUACAGGUUUCAUUUUUCAGUAGCAUGGUUUGUUAUUGUCACUUUUCAAUGGCAACAACUAAAUGACUGCUCUGUUGCUUGAAUGUUAUGAAAGAUUCCUCGACCCAUUUCAUAGACAGACUUGAUAUACAGCAAAUGGAUCAAAUUCCUCUUGGGUGUAACUCGAGUGGAGUUGCACCAUUAAUGCUUUGGCUCCACAGGGCCCAAUCCUCAGCUUGUGUAAAUCAGCAGAGUGUCACUUCAACCAAUGGAACUAUGCUGUGUGUACACCAGCUGAGGAUCUGAUCCAUGAGUGGGGUUUUCUUAAUACCGAUUGGAACUUGGUUUCUUCAAGGUUCACUACUUGUAAAGGCUCCAUUCAAAAGGCAACUCAUCUGAAUAGUCUGAGUAUGUAAUAGGUUUCGUCAUUAAAUGGGUCAAGUAAAUUCAUUUCACCGUGUCUGUUAAGCUUUUUUAUUUAUUUACUUUGUUUAUUUUUUCUUUAAUGUUCAUCCGAGCAAAGAUUUUUACUGCACGUGUAGAAUUUUCACACACAAACAAAUAUAUCCUAAACACCGGUUCAGUUUGCACAGGCAUUUGUUCAUUUUCAGCACAGUGUUUUUAUUGUUAUUAUUGCAGUGGACCUUACCCAGAAAUUCUCAUUGUCACUAGAAGCUGCUUGGGUUAAAUCCACAGGCCAUAGGAUUACUGGUCAUGGUGACGGCAGAAGCAGAUGGCACAUCACUUGUACACAGACACCUGUUUUGGGGGAAGGCAGAGACCACGUCUGAAUCUUCUGACAAUUUCAUGCUCUUGCAUAACAUGUGGAAACAAACGUUAGGGAUUGCUCACCACUUCCAGUAAUGAAUUUACUUGAGUAAUCCUGACAUGUACCUGCAAAUUAGUGUUAAAUGAAAACUGUUUGUGCUGUAAUCCCGUUUAAUAUAUUGUUGGUAAUGUCAGCCGUGUUGUGGUUCAGUUGGACUGUCAGAAUGUGUAAACUAUUUACUAGUGUUUGUGGAACUGAAAUGUCUUAAAUGUUGCAUGAAAAAUGUUAUAAAAAUAGAUUUGUUUUCUAUUUUUGAACACCUCUGAACUGAGGGAACAUGGGCCAAUAAGUGCAAUAUUUAAUGACUUACUCAGUGUAUAUAAAUCCGUAUGAAAGGGAGAAGUGUCAUGUAUGUGUGAUAUGGUGUUGAUGAUGGCUGUGUGGCUUAUUUAAAGGAUGUCUAGUAGCUGUAAGAGUCUAGUAGUGAAAUUUAUACAGUAAAUACUUUAUCAGUGUAGUGUAAGAAUAAUCUAUUCUUAAUUCAUUUAAACUAUUUUUCAUAUAUGAGUCAACAGUAACAGACGUCCGUAUCUUUACUGCAAGUGCAUGUCAAUUUUACUUUUAGAAUUGUGAAUGUCCUUUUAAAAAAAAUGAUUGUGUUAUAUCACUAGUAGUGGGAAGACCUUUUUUCAGUCAAAAGAUACCUUUAGCCAUUUCUAAAGAAAACCCCCACAUAAUAUUUUAGAAGCAUGUUCUCUGGAAACAGAAAAAGAGAUUAUCUUGGAACUCAGCUCUUAAGGAAAAGCCUUCAUUUUUUUUAUCUGAAGAGUCAAUUACAUGCUCUGUCUGCCUGUACAGCAUAAUAUCAUGUGGCCACUUUUUAAAAAAAAUAUAUAAUUGCAUGGUUCAUUCAUGAUUACACUUAGCCUAGAAUAUUAAAUAGGAGUCUCCAACCAUGUUGAAAUGUACUUAGCAUCUUCUGUUUGGUGUCUUGAGUUCACAGUUUGUUUUUUGAAGGAGCUUGCAUCUCAUGUCCAAUGUGUUUGGACCACAUUGGAAAAUGUUAAGCAAAAUGUUAACCCUUACUGACCCCAUUCUGCUGCUUCUAUUUUUAACUUUAAAUCAGAUACUGAAGUAAGACAGAAGGUACAUUCUAGGCCAAAUUCUGCUCUCUUAGACUGCUGAAAAUUUUGAGUAAUUCCAUUGGCACCCAUCAGCAGUGUAAGUGAGAGCAGAAUUUGGCACAGUUUCUUGCCCAGAGAUUAGGAGAAGACAUGAAAUCAUUUUUUCCUUUUACUUUAGCCUUGCACAGUUGUACUCAUCCAUUCACUCAAGGACCUCAAAUGAGGCAGCACAUUUAAACACCUGCUUAAGUCCAUCCUUAUUCAGUAAAGCAUAUAAACACAUGCUUCACUGUAGGCACUUGAUUGCUGUACUGCCAGUGGGUCCCCUAUUGUGACUGCAAACCUCUGAGCAGAAGUUAAUGCUGUUAAUUAACUUCUGCUGCAUCCCUCUUGUACAAUAUGCUGGUUGUCUAGAGGAACAUGCCCUCACUUCAGUGGGCCGUUACUGAAUAAGGAUGAACUACUAAAUCAGGGCCAAGGUGAGUAACAUUUUUUGAUGGGUUACUAAUAUCACAUUCAUUUUUUCCCAUUAGCAUCAUGGUAAAAGGCACACGAGUAGAUUUUGUGCCUUGGUCUGAUACAUUGUCAUGACAAUUUUACAAGGCUGUUUUAGCAUAUGUCAUAGCUAGCUCUCAUCAAAAAGAGGCAAUAGCCAAAUAAUGCAGGACACCAAUAGCUCUGCUUUCUUUUGCCUCUGCCAUGUCAUCGAAUAGUGCUAGAGAACAAGCAAAGCAGUCAGAUCACAUUAAACAUUACAGGACAAUCCUAUCAAAGGCUAAGCAUCUGUCCCAAAUGCUUCCCUGUGUUUUAUACCUUCUUCUGUUGCGAAAUCACCAGCCAAAUUAUGCAAAAUUGCAUGAAAAUGAAAUUGUGUGAUAGGGGAAAUUUGGGAACUGCAGAAUGAAAGAAAAAAUAAAAACAUCCCUGUAGCCAAGGACCAGACACAGUAAGGUUAAGAUACCAAUGAAACAGAAAUAUACAGACUGAAGUUGCAUUGCCUAUAUUUUACUAUUGCUGUUAAGUGACCUGACUGCCCAAGGGUUUCAAGGGUUUGUCACCAUGACAGGUAAUUUUACCUGGCAUUUUUACUGUCCCCAUACAUGUAUGAGUACAUAAAAAGCAAACCCAAAUGCCUACUUUGAAAACAUGUAGCUGUUCUAGCUCCCCAUACUAACUUUACUUGCUGAACUGUUCUUAAAGAGAUGUUGGAGUACCUGCUUAGAAUAUAUUUGUGAGGUGGUUAGGAUUCAACUCUUCCUCCGCCUCUAACUACCACUACAAUAUAGUGACUGUGGUUCUAAAAAUGUGAGUUUAAAAUACUGCUGGGUGACAAAUGUUGGGACUCUUCAACAUAUGUCCACAGGAGCUCUUGUCUGGAUGUGAAGUACAAAUUUUAUCCAUGUGCAGAGUUUUAAUUCUAUGUGGAAGUAAAGACUGUGUGUAUUCCAUUGGGUAUUCUGUUUGUAUGUGAUUUGUGUAUAACAGGUGGAUUUUGUUUUGUUUAUUUUUGUUUGGGGUAUUAAUUUUGAGAUUACAAUAAAUAUUCAAGAGACUAUAUUCA